GGCGCCUCGGUAGGAAAAAGAGUUCUGCUUCAAAGCAAAACCCGCAGUCGGUGCGCAAGAAAACAGCCGAAAAAAAAUGAGACUCAUCCGACGUGGCCACGUUCAUCGUUGCGUUAUCUCGUAGCGGUGGUAAUUGGUCAAUCUUAUCUUAACCGCAUCCGGUUAUCUACCUUCUAGUUUCGUUUCGGAGACGUUCACGCCGACGCCGGACUGCUACAGGCAAUCCGAGACGUACAUCGCGUGCAGCUGGGCACCACCGCUUAUCUUUGGGUAAAAUGGGUCUCGCGCGGAGCCAGCCAACUGAUAACACUCCGGAACAGCAGUUGGAAAUGCAGAAUCACCAACUGGAGAGACAGAUAUACAAGAGAUACCUGAUGCACCAGCGACUGUUUGCCCUCAAGAUCGCCCAUGCACGGGAGCUGUUCUUUUGGAUCGCGGCCUUCUACGUUUCCUCCAGUGCGGCGCUUCUCGCUGGGUACCGAAAGACCAAGAGGCCAUUGAUCCUAGCCCCUAUUUUACCAAUGACAUUCAUAUUGGCUUAUCAAGGUGACCUCGCCUACGGGAGCAAGCUUGUGAGAAUCAAAGGUGAGGCAGAGAACAUCAUGUCGUUUGAGAAAGAGCUUCUGGAACUUCCUCACAACGUUCCCACCGUCGGAGGCAUCGAUGAAGCCCGGGAGAAGGCAAAAGACGAAGGGAGCUUCAACAGGGCGCAUGACAUCUUCCUGUGAACACGCCUGCCUCGAAGCGAGACCUCUAGGGGUUUGUGUCCCUCUCUUGCAGAUCGACGUCCACUGACAGCAGUUGCUGUUGACUCUUUCAUGUCCUGGUGCUAGUAUAGCCGAGAACUUCUCAAAUUGUAUUCUGUGAGAGUUCACUUUCCCAAUUCAAGUGAACUUCGCUCUCGCAAUUUGCGAUGCCUCAUCGAACAUGAGUGUUAUCUGUUGGCAAGCAGCGUUCUGUGCGCCUUACAAUGCAGGGUUCAUUAAUUUAUUUUAAUAUCUUUUUGUUCUUUGAAACAGUUGCAAUGCACAUUGUAGGCCUGUGCAUAUAUUUGAUUGUUUCGAAUACUCGAACAAAUAUUACAGUAUUCCAAUUUGCUUCAAUUCAAAUUUAUAAAACGGAAAAUUUUGAAGUAUUCGAAAUGAAUGAAUUAAAAAAUAUUACCCACGUGCAACUGUAUGUAAAGGUGGCUUCACUGCAGUGAAGGGCUGCUAAGCAGCGAAAACAGCUAGCCGGGAGAAAUCCGCACUGCCGUGAAGCCCCACUUCAAAGUUAAAUGAACAUAGAACUCUCACAUUGAUUCAUCGUUCUUUAAGUUUGAAAGAUUGUUAUACCGGCUUAUGUGCUCCAAGUAUAAUGAAUUUCGAAAAACAACAUUUUUUACAGGUUAUCACUUGCAUUCCACCGAAAGUUAAACAUUGCUACUAUUGAAAAUUGUUUCCACUUCCUUUCAACAACAACGAAAAUGGCAUUUGCUCAGGCCUUGUUUCAAUUUUUAAAAAUACUGAGCAGUUUAGUGAGGUCAUGACAAACUUGUCCAUUUUUCUUUGUAACACUGAUAGUUUAUUCUGCUAUGGCGUGGUAUCCUGUUGAUUGUUAUCAGAAUGCCGCUUUUAUUCAGUCCCCAUGACAAGGUUUGAAUGGCUUGAUGUGAAGCGGUGCCUUUAGAAUUCCGGCAUUGAAUGCCACAUGUGUGCAACCAUCUGACGUGCCAUGCAAAAUGCGCGUUCUAUAGCGUUUGCGAACCGUCUCUCCUGGAAAUAGAUAGUAGAUGAUUCAGCCUGAGGCACAACUUACUAAUUGCACUCCCCAUCAGACUCUGCAAAGCCACGCAUUAGUGCGAGAUAUCUAUAGUUACAUAUGUGACUAUUUUGUUCAUGGUUCACCAACGACCAUCAUAACCUGGUAGAUACCAACGCACUUGUUAACUUAGUCAUGUUACCUUAUGCUGACUAGUCAGGUUGAUGUUUGUUGCGCUAUGUCUUAUUUUUUUUAGUACUUAAUCUCAAUGCAGCUCCACUGGUGGACAUGCUUGUUUUGGGGUCUUUCAGUGCAAUAAGUGUUUGUACAUGGCUGCUAACAUUUUUUGAUUAAUAGUGAAAUCAUUUACGAAUGUUCUGGCAACACAUCUACUGUGAGCCUUUUUACACUCACAACAUGUCACUUACACAUUCUGCCAGUAUUUCAAUGAACGAACAAAGCACUUGUGUUUCGAACUUACAGUUCGUAUUUUUGAGGCAGUGCAGUGUAGCUGCUUAUUUUUACUAGUAUAUUAAAACAGCAACAAAAUCUUAUGCAUGUAUAAUACAGUGAAGAUUUUUACUGAACGUCCAUUUUCAGCUGUAGUCAUAUUAUUAUACUUAAAUAUACAAGCAAUUUUCUUUUGGGAGAACUAUUUGUUUUUUGUAUAGCUAGCAUAUUCAAGCAAACUCAUCGCUGUAAUUAAUAGGAUUUUCAGAGCUUGCAAAAAGCAUAGAGUAUGUGCCCAACUGCAGUUGGUGCAGUAUCAAAGAUCUGACACUGUAAGUGAGCUUUGCUUUGCUAAAGAUACUUUCAGCACAAGAGAGCUGACACAGUUAAGUGAUUUUUCUGCAGUCAAUAGAAAUCCAUGAUCCAGCUAAAAUAGUGCUCGGCACCUUUCCAUAACUGAGGUCAAUGUUGUUUUCAAGUAGACAUUUGAUGAUGUAAUUUGUGGAGCUUAUAAACAAAGUUUGCCACCGGCUCUAUACAUGGGAUUCAAUUCAGUUUGACAAUGGGUAGAGUGGGGAACGGGAGGUCAUCAACAAAAUGAAGCAUGUUCUACUCUUUGUCAUGACAGUUAGUCUGCGUGCUUUUACACUGUAGCAUCAUAAGAUGCACUUCAUUGAUCUACGCAUCGCUGCUCGUACUCGGGUGUCCUCCAGAGAACAGCAAAAAAAUUGAUGCAUUAAAGUGAUAAAAACAAGCCAGUACAUGUUUCACCGCAUCAGUUGGCUCGAAGUACGGGGUCAGAAUGGUUGUUCGAAGUAAGUAUGGGCCGCCACGCAUUGUAAAGAUUCACUGCCCUAAGGCAGUGAACGGCAACGAGGGCAGAGAUGAGAGUGUGCUUAUCACCUCCGCUGGUCAUCCAUAUUCAUAUAGGAGUGUAAUGGUCCACUUUUAUUUAUUUAUUUUUUCUUGCUGCCAUAACGUGUGGCAACAUGUAGUAGUACUAGUUAAAGGUGUUUCUGAUUCCGAGGCAGACAUGUGCGCUUUUUGCCAGCAGGCUACUCUGGGUGUGAGAUCGUUUUUGCUGACACUUGGGCCAACGCCUCCUAGAAAGAAACUAUGCCUGGGAUGUUGCUAGCUUUGCCAUUAGAUGCACUCUGCCGCUCAUUUUUAGAGGGUGCCGUGUGGUGGUGCUAGCAACUGUACCGCAGCAGCCAGCGAGAAUGACUGUGUUUGCAACGUUGUGUCAUGAGGCAGCGCAGCUGUCUGCUUUCUGCAGGCGCUUGAUUGUGCGUUAAUGGAGUGCGCUGUAGGAGCGCCAGUCUAACAAGUGCCAGUCAUUUCCUUUGAUAACAUUCGCUUAAGCUAAAUCAUAUUUCACUACUUAAGUUUCUUUCCAAGCAGCUUUGUGGCAGCAUUCCUGUCGGUUACUCCUUACUGCAGCUAGAGGGUUACAUGUUAGCGCCCCGUUAUCUCUCGAAAUCACCUUCAGUCACCGGUCAUGCAAACUGCCUUCCGAAGGUAUCUGCAACUCUUUUUUCUGAGGCUUGAUGAAAAUUUGGGCGUGCAACAAAACUGGAUUUAUAGGCAAGACGAAAACACAACUCAAUAACCCAUCACGUUUUCCAUGAACGCAUGAAAUCAAGGCAAGGAAAGUUGUCCAAAAACGGGCAUUGUAGCUUUUUCCGCAUGCGUCUGUUUCUGUCUAUGUUUAUUUGCGCAGCAUCGUUUUGAACUUGCUUAUGACAUCUCAUCACUAGCAUGUUCGAGAUGCGUUUUGUCACACUCUAGUUUGAUUAACUCCUCUGUCGGUUUCAUCAACGCUGCCGUUCUUUCCGCCAACAUUCAUCGCGUCGUCUGCUUGAGUUACCAACGGUGCCACUGCAGGUUGCAAGGAGCCGUUGCGAGAGGCUCCAGCGACUGUACCGGGUAGAAAGGAGGAUAAUGGAAAGGGAAGAGCAGCGUUCUUGCGGAUCACGUCCCAGGCAUGAUUUUUUCUAAGAGGUAUCUCUUUGACACAUUUUUUAUGUAAUUGACCUUUGUAGCAUUACAUGCCUGUAGAAGUCAGCAGAACAUCACCCAAGACACUGAAACCACCUCGUUGCACAAAAACAUGAUCCUUACAACAGCAGUUCUUGUUGGUGCUCAUAGUUCUACUGAGCAAGUUGGGAAACAAACGUCUCUUCAGAGUACAGACACAUCGACUUGCAAAUGAAGCUUGAAAGUCUGCUACUGAACUUUCAACAGCCUGUGAGGGAAGAAGAUGUGUUUGUAUGCCCACAAUAUUAUGUUGCUUUAUCAGGCAUCAUGACAAAAAAAAAAAAAAACAAUUUUAGAGCUGUAUUUUUAUCUGUACCUUGCUUUGACUUAUGGAUCUCUUUCGUAUGCUUUCAUUUUAGUUGGAAAUAUGUGGUAAUGACUUUCGCACAAUCAACAAACUGUCAUUUUGUUGCUGCUCGGUUACAUGCUGUUGAACUCCCAGCUUUGGUAUAUCUGUCGAACUACCUUGCCAGUUCUGUCUAUGGGAUUAUCUAUCGUUUACAGCAAUUAUUGGAAAAAUUUAGGCUUGAAAAUUCUGCUUAUUACAACAUUUGGACAAAAUAAUUUCCCUGCACUUCCUAGA